GCGAAUUGUUGGGGAUUUGACGCUGCGGGAUCGGUCGUGCGACUCUUGGCUGAAGAAAUGUAUGCUGCCAGCCCGGGGUAUCAACAAUACCUUCCGCAAGAGCCAGUGGUGAUGCCCUAUGCUGGUGCUUCCCCGGUGCCGUCCAACAUGCCCAUGCCGGUGAGGUCCUCCACAGGACAAUCGGUAAGCUACUCUCAAGGUACACCUAGCUGGACCGGCAUGGUGCAGGUACCAGGAACCGUUACCACGAGCAUCAAUGGUUUGAAUGGUCUUUCAAAAGGUGUCAGCAAAGGAGCUGUGCCAGGGGCACCCGUGCUGGACGAUGGAACAGCUGCAGUGUUUCUGCAGCAGUAUUUUCAGCUGAUCAAAGCUCAUUGUGACACCACCUUGAUCAACAAACCGGAAGCGGUCAGACAGCUCAAUGGCAAACUCUUUCCGCUGAUUGUGGAAGCAUUCCAACGACACGACAAGGACGGUGACGGAGUCCUGGGAAAAUCCGAAGCGAGCAUUUUCUUCUCGCUCUUUGUGUCUGAGAGGUUAGGCUUUGUGGAUGCGGCGCGGGGUCUGGCCACUCAGUUCUCCGGUGAGUCCGAGAAGGCUGCUGCACAGGUCUUAUUGUAUCAAAGGCACAAGGAUGUGGUGGACCGAAAGGCCUUUGAAGUCUUUGACUCCAACGAAGACGGCUAUUUGCAACUCCAUGAGGCCGUGGCAGCGAUGUCCAUUGGCAGUGACAAGAACGAGGCAUUGCUGAAGGCAUUUGGGCUACGACCUGACGAUGGAGAGGCUGAUGAUUCUUACUGGGCAGACCACUACGCUUAGAGUCACGUUGUGAUGUGUGAGCAAGUCCAGAUCAACAAAAGGGCAGCGGUCAAAACGACCCAUGGUUGUGGAGAUGGGAUCCGUCAAC